AUGAAGUUUCGAAGAUCCAUGAAAAGCGACGGCAACAUCAAGCACGACUCGGCGAAACCUGUUCAGCUCUCCAUACCGCAAAAAGACGCCAUCGCAAUAGAGCCGCCGAAGAAGGUCAUCAAGGCGUUAUAUGACCACAACGCGCCUGACAACUCCGAUAUAUACCUCUCCUUCUCCGCCGGCGACUUCCUCCACGUCUUGAGCCGGGAGAACGAUAUAGACUGGUACGAGGCAUGUAACCCUCUGGCGAAUACGAGAGGGUUGGUGCCGGUGAAGUACUUUGAGAAUGUGGGCAAGACGACGGUACGGGAUAGUGGGGACUCGUCGAAUAGUCUGAGCGCAACACAUGAUAGUGGAUAUGCAGAGGGCGCGACACCGGGCGCGAGGAGUGUAGGGACGUCGAGGUCGAGUACCAUGAAUGGGAGUCAUGGGAUGGAUAGCAGACCGCCUAUGCCUGGACAUCGAGCGAGUAGUUCGGUCAGUAAGAUGGCGGGAGGGAUAUAUGGUAUUGUGUCGUAUGAUUUCCAUGCUGAGAGGCCGGACGAAUUGGAUGCGAAGGAAGGUGAGGCGAUCAUUGUGAUAGCGCAGUCGAAUCCGGAGUGGUUUGUUGCGAAGCCUAUAACACGAUUGGGAGGGCCAGGAUUGAUACCGGUAUCGUUUAUCGAGCUGCGGGAUAUGGCUACGGGAAAGGCGAUAGAUGAUUCGACGGCUGCGGUGCAGAAGGCGGGGAUACCUAAGGUUGAGGAGUGGAAGAAGAUGGCGGCGGAGUAUAAGAACAACAGCGUCCCGCUUGGCUCGGUAUCGAGCAGUCAACAAUCUCAAAUGCAGCAAGGCAUGGAGCGGAUGAGUUUGAAUGGCCAGCAACAACAGAGUUUCGGCGGGCAUUCGAGACAGCCGAGCAACUAUGCCUACCAGCAACAACAGCAGCAAGGGCUUUACGCGCCGGAGAGAGCAUCGGUACCGAGAUAUAUCUUUGCAGACGACAAGUUCCAUUUCAUUGUGGAGGCAAGACUAUCGAAUGGCACGCAUUGGGACCUGCAGAGGGUAUAUGAGGACUUCUACGAGCUGCAGAUCAACCUCAUCAAUGCCUUUCCGGAAGAGGCUGGACAGGUGCAGAAUAAGCCGAGAACACUGCCAUACAUGCCUGGGCCGGUCAAAUUUGUUACAGAUGGUAUCAGCGAAGGACGACGGGCGAAUCUGGACGAGUAUCUACGAGAUCUUCUUGCGCUGAGUCAGAAGAUCACGACUUCCUCUUUAGUGCGGAACUUCUUUGCACCACGAGAGAAUGAUUACGAGGUGGAUCCGAACGCUGUUGACUUGGAUAUACAUGCACGGCCGAAGGACCCACGGGAUAGAUACUCGGCGGCAUCCCAAGGAUCAUACCAGAAUGGCGCGUACCCACAAGCCCCGCAGCAUCAACGGCAACUGUCACAGCAAUCGCAGCAGCAGCAGCAGGGUCACCAGUACUCGCAAUCGCAAGCCUCCGUGAAUGGUGGUCCGUAUGGUCAACAUCAACGAGGCAUGUCAAGUCAGGGUGUGAAUCACUACCGCACGCCUUCCAAUCACGGACAGCAGCAGCAAGUCCCGACCACCUCCACCCCCUCCCUCUCCUCCACCGCCCCCUCAACAACCACGACCACCCAAAGCACCAGCAACAACACCUCCGCCCCCGUCAAAGUCAAAGCCUGGUUCGACCGCGACACCUGCGUCGUCAUCCGUAUGCCCCCCCGCAACGCCUUCCGCUUCUCCGACCUCCAUCGCAAGAUCGUGGAGAGGAGAAGACUGGAGUAUAAGGGCCAGGAUCAGAAUGAUGAGGAUUUGGAUAUUGAGUAUAGGGAUGAGAAGGAUGGGGAGUAUUAUCGUCUGGAAGGGGAUGAGGAUUUGGAGAUUGCGGUGGAGCGGAAUGAGAAGUUGACGCUUGCUGUUAGGGCCGCGGGGACGUGA